AUGAGUGUUUUGAAAGAAAAUGUCAAAAAACUUAAACCAGUUGAUAGGUAUUGUUCAAUCCUUUUUGAUGAGAUAAGUCUAAGUAGCGGUAUUCAGUACACACCGGCAACAGAUGUAAUUGAUGGAUUUGUUGAUUCUGGUGCCUAUAAAAAUCAAAGCUUGGCUGAUCAUGCACUUGUUUUUAUGGUUCGAGGGAUUAGAAAAAAGUUUAAGCAGCCGAUAUGUUAUACGUUUUGCCAAGCAGCCACCAAACAAAAUGAGCUAGUUGAACUAUAA